AUGUGGGAGGAUGGAAACACCGGCAGCGCACCGACAGCCGCCCCGGCCCUCAAGCAGGGCCGCUUCCCCGGGACAGGCCCGCCCGGCGCCGCUGGCCCCACAUCGCAACCUGCAGCAGGCCACCGCUUCACCGGGCAGGGGCACCGGGCACAGGCCUCUGCCCGGUGCCGCUCGAGUCGGCGGGGCAGGACCCGCCCCGAGCCGCCCGCCCGCGGCGCUGCGAGCCUAGCGUCCCGUCCGCGAGCCAUCGAAUCGAGCCCCGGCGCGGCGAUUGGCGGCGGGCGGGCGGCACCGCCCCUCCCCUCACAUGACCGAUGGCGAGGUUUUUAUCGCGCCCGCUCGCCCCUGCCGCUCGCCCCUCGUUCUCGCCCGGUGCCCCCGCCGCCCCCGGGGCUAUGGGACCGCGCUGCUCGUCCUCGCGUCUUCUCUUUCUCCUCCUCCUGCUGCUGGGCUCCUCCGGUAUUUUCCAGUCCUAUGCAGUAGAAGUAGAUGUGAAGGAUGCCUCUAAUGCUACAUGCUUGUAUGCAAAAUGGAUGAUGAGAUUCUUGAUAAAAUACGAAACAAACAGUAGUGAUUAUAAAAACACAACCUUGAAUUUGUCACCCAGUGUGACACACAAUGGAAGCAUCUGUGGCGAUGACACACAGGCUGCACUUCUGGCAGUGCAGUUUGGAGAAGGCCACUCUUGGAGCGUUAACUUUACAAAAAACAACGAAACUUACCAGGGGGACUUCAUCACCUUUACCUACAAUACCAAUGAUACUGCUGUAUUUCCUGAUGCUAAAAGAAAAGGACCAAUUACUAUUGUUGUAAAGGAUACUAUGCGUCCAGUUCAACUGAAUAAUGUCUUCGUGUGUCAGAAUACCGACUCUUUUGAAGCAGAAAAUGUAACACAGAUUUUCUGGAAUGUUACUGUGCAGGCUUUUGUUGAGAAUGGCACAAUUGGUAAAAAAGAGUCUAGAUGUCGUGCUGAUACACCUACUUCUGCACCUACUGUUCCACCUACUAUUGCCAAUAUAACUACUGCAUCUACCACCACUUCAUCACCUGCUCCAACCACUGCUCCCAAACCUGUGGAGAAUCCAGACACAGGAAACUAUUCUCUUAAAAGUGGAAAUAAAACUUGUUUUCUGGCAACUGUGGGGCUGCAGCUGAAUGUUUCCCAAGACAAGCCUCUUCUCAUCAACGUCAAUCCAAAGACAACUAGUGCAGAUGGUGCAUGUGGCAACACAACAGCUACUCUGAAACUGAAUGAUGGAAAUAGCACAUUGAUUAGUUUCACAUUUGUUGUUAAAAAUUCAAGCGCAAGUGUACAAAAAUUUUAUCUGAAAGAGGUGAAUGUUACACUGCUCAACCGUCUGAAUGGUUCUGUCAUUUCACAUGCAGAUAACAACAAUUUCAGCAAGUGGGAUGCUUUCCUUGGUAGUUCUUAUAUGUGCCGAAAAGAACAAACUCUUGAGAUUAAUGAACAUCUUCAAUUACAUACUUUUAAUCUAUGGAUUCAGCCAUUCCUUGUGAAGGCAAAUAAGUUUUCCACAGCUGAAGAAUGCUUUGCUGAUUCUGACCUGAACUUUCUUAUUCCCAUCGCAGUGGGCAUGGCACUUGGCUUCCUUAUAAUUCUUGUCUUUAUAUCUUAUAUCAUUGGAAGAAGAAAAAGUCGCACUGGCUAUCAAUCUGUAUAAUCUCUUAAUUCCAUCUCAGUUGCCCCCUUCCUUGCUCUUUUCUUUUUCCCAGACUCCCUGAUCUGCCCCUUUAAAAAGAAGAAAAACAGAUGAAUUCAUAGCUUCUCUAUUUAAAAAAAUAAAAAACACACUUCACAAUAGAGUAACAUGCCAAGAGUCUGAAGAUGAGUUGCAGACUUACUUGAAGCUACUGUGUGAUUUUGGAGAAAGUGAAUGUUCUGAGGACCAUAGAAUUGAGUAGGGUUGAUGUGUCCACGUGAGAAAUGCGAUUAUUUUGAGUAAAGGAGAAAUCCACGAAUCUUUAUUUCUGCUGUUUAAUCUUUUUAUACAAGAAGAUUUCUAGUUGCAUACAGCAUAUCUUGGAUGAUGCUAAAGCUAAAACCAUAAUUAAAGGUGUGAAUGCUAUAAUGAAAAUGAAUACUAAGCUCUUAACAGACUUCCAUUGGGAACUUGGCAUAUGGCUCUCUUCUUUUUUCAUUAGCAGCUUGUUCUUGUGAAUCAAUCUGAAUUUCCUGUUCCUUAUGAAUGUAAAGGUAGUACUUGAUCUCACUAAUAAACUAACAUAAGAAGAACAUCAGAUUCUUCUAGUAAAUUAAUUUGUUUAACACCAGUAUGGAGAAGUUGACUGCUAAUGAAUGUUAAAUAGCUUUGCACUAGCAUGAUGUCUUUAAUGUCUUUAUUCACUAAGAUAAGGCUCAGUCCUGGAGAACUUUCACUAAGAAAAGCCAAUUCCGGCUAAAGGAUAUGUGUCCUGUGCUAUUCUGUUUGACUGUGUUUUCUCUUUUGUUCUGAGCUCAAUUGUGAAACGAGGGUGGGAGGCUGGAAUUUCACUGGCUGUAGUUUGUCUCAGCUUUGAUUCUGUGCACAUAAAAGAAACUACACAGCACUGGUCCCUGUGAGGCUUAAAAGUAUUUUGAGAGCUCUCAAAGACUAAGAUGACAGAUUGUUCAGAGAUUCCUGCAGUUCCCUGGGACAGCUUUCAUGGGUUAACAGGGGAUCACUGAAAAGCUGUGAUCUAGGAAUGCACGUGAAGAUAUAAAACCAGUCUGGUUUGAUAGGAUUAAUCUGCUUUUAACCUCCUAAUUAUUGCUCUCUCAAACAGUUGAAUAGCAUAAGAGCACAAAUUUCUAGUAUGAGGAAUGCUGAUCAUAAAGCAGAAACUAAUAUAUAUUUAGUGAAGAAAGUGACUUCCAGCGGAAUAAGAGCAUCGGACUUGUUUGAAGAUGCUUUCUUUGUUGUUAAUGCCAUACCUUUUGCAAUUCCGUUUUAUAUCUAAACUGUACCAAAAUAGAAGCUAGUCAGCUGUGAUCGUGUUCUGCUUCAUUCCCGUCAGGAUCAUGUAGAUAGGAUGAAAGAAGCCUCUUGCUCUUUCAGCCUCUUUGGUCCAUCUUGGUAAAAGCCUUUUGCAGCUGGUGAACUCUGAUCUUCAACUGUGGGACAGCUCAAGAGCUGCCAGGUCUGCAGAGAGCUACUGACAGCACACAAGUCUGUCCUCCGCAGCAAGGGUUUGCUAAAGCUGCUGUAACAUUUAAUCUCUUUGUGCAUUGAGUCUGCAUCUAUGUUGUAGGGAAAGCACCUUCAGUAAUUCACAUGCACAAAGGAGCUGAUCAACACUGAUGUUACUAAGUAACUCACAAUAGCUAUGUAUUCAGGGAAGGGAGAUUUCUAAAGAUUUAAUUUUGAUGUUUGAGAAAUACUUGUAUGUUCAAUUAUUCUUGUCCUCACUGUGACCAAAGAUAAAUUUUACCUGAAUCUGAAAAAAAUGAUUUUUGUACCACAAAUGGGCUCUUGAACCAAGUUGUGUUUUUUUUUCAGAGUGUAAUUUAAUGCUGCUGAGUUGGACUGUGUGCUUUGGUUUUGGUUGUCUUGGUCUUUUGUGUUGUACCUUUGUUCUUGCAAUACUUGAUUUCCCUGCCAGAGUGGUAAAUGGUGAAUUAUUGUGAGACUGGCAAUUUCCAAGUAACACCUGCUUGUCGGAGUGUGUUGCUUCUCUGCCGCCAGCAGAUGGAUUCCAUCCAUGGUUUCAUGCUCGAAUUGCAGAUCUAAGUAUCUUGCAUCACUUUUGCUAAGUUAUUUUAGUAAAAUGUGGCAGUUUCCUAGAUGCACUUACAUAUAUAUUUUAUAUAUACAUAUAAAGUAUUAUUUUGGGCUUCAACAGAAGUCAAAAAUUGAGCCAGCACUUUAAGGUUGUUGUAGCAUGAAGAGGGGUGUAUAUAAUUCUCCAGAUCUUGAAAUGACUGUACAAAUAUGCUGAGAGCAAAAUGCGUGUAUGAAAAAUAAAGUUAACUAUGGUGUUUGUAAA